AAAAGGGCUUUUUACAUGAAUAUUACUAAUUUAGAGUCAAUUUCCAAAAAUGUAACCACUUUUACAAAAAGACAAAAAUGUGACCAAUGAGGUCAUAUAUUUGGAAAAACAUAGUUCUACCAGAUUUUUAUGUCACUGUUAUUUUUUUAUGUCACUGAUUUUAUGUCACUUUUGAAUGUCACUGCCAGUUUUCAUGUCACUUUAAUAUGUCACUUCCGCCGUCAAAUGUGUCACUGUGCCGCCAUCAAACGUGUCACUUUGCCGAUGUAAAAAAUGUCACUGUGUCGUUAAUCAUCUCUGCUCCAACCUCUGGCCACAGUGACAUCUCCACCGCCAAUGUCAUCGCUGACGCCGAUGUCACUAUGAUUACCGGAAACGUAAAUUUCAACCAAAUUUGGCCACCACACCAACAUCAUCCCCAUUGCCGCCUCCCCAACCCCCAUACCCAUCCCCUCCCUAUCCCACCAGCCCCCUCCCCAGCCCACCAGCCCUCACCCCAGCCCACUAGCCCCCCUCCCUAUCUCACCAGCCCCCUCCCCAGCAUACCAGACCCCUUCCCAGCCUACCAGCCACCUCCACCGCCCUCAAACCCCCCUCCCCAGCAAUCUCCGCCCAUUCCCUUCCUCAGCCCUACCACAAACCAUUCCAUUCCAGUCCCUCCUUCAACAUCUCCUCCAAACCAACCAUCUCAGUUGUAAAACUUCAGCAAACAAUUUCAAUUGCAAAAUUAUCUUCCUAGUCCCAAUUAACAAAAACCAAGCAUCUGGAGAGGUGAUGUCGAAAUUCAUGGCAGCAAAGCAGAGGCGGCGAAGAGAUGUGCAGCAGGGCAGCGACGGCGGCGAAGAGAUGUGCAGCAGGGCAGUGACGGCGGCGACUUGUGUGCGGGAGCAGGGAAACGACGAAGGUGGCGGUAGCAAGGCAUCGACAGAGUCACUGGUGCAUCAUCCUUGACUGUUGACAUGCCAGAUCUACAGAAUAACCAAUUAAGAAGCUCGGCACGGGAGAAGGAGAAAAAAUUUCAAUCGAUGGUUGUGGUGGUUGAACGACGAUGGAAUGAUUGUGACAGUCGAAGGUGGAUGUGUGUUGUGUGCUGGAAUGGUAAAAUAGAGAUGGGAAACAGUGGUGUUAACGUAGAUCUGUGAGGCGGAGACCCAGAUGCAGACUCCAGAGGGAAACGAUCCAUGCGAGAAAAAGGCUUGGUCACUUUUUGGUCAUGCCUUGCAAAGGAGAAGGCUCUGUCCCUCCUGGAGCUGCGAGCGUGCGAGCGCUGAGAGAGAAGACUCAGAUGAUCAAGUCAUAUUUUUGGAAAUAAUAAAAGUUCUCAUAUUUAUGUCCACUCACACUAUAGGAG